AUGUUUCUGAAGUCGCUCACCAUCGCACUGUCUGCCUAAUCGCGCGAGUACUAACAAAGACGCUUGUGCACCCUGACGUCGAAAUCCUCCUUGAUUGAUAGACUAUCAAAACUUCAGGAUGUCUGGUGCCGAGACGCAUCGGUUGGCUUUGUUAGCGAGCAGCAGGGCGUUGAUUGCAAGAGUGCAGCUUGGCGAUGCGCCUGCUGCGCUUAGCCAGGCGCUUUCGACGCUCAGCUCGGUGAUCUACGCAUCCACCAGCUACGGCAGAUCAGAAUGCUCGUGCUCGUCAAGCAGCGGUCGCGAAGUCCAGCCAUCCGCGACUCCCGCUUCUCCCGCGACAGCCCAAACUAGCCGCGUGGCCCCGUUUCUUGCAUUGCAACGACCUAGCGCAGCUUUCUCUCGGCUCGGGUUGAGCACAUGGGCCCCGCACGCCUCCGUUAGCGGCUGGCACGGCGCGAGGCAGCUACACGCCGGGAGCGCUGCGCAGCAGGCGGCCGACGUGCCCGGUGGCAGCGCCUCGGGGAGCGGCGGCAAGGAGUCGGAGGGCGCGGCUAAGCCCCAAGAGCAGACUGUGACCAACCCGCUGGCAGCUGCGCUGGCGUCGGCGGCGUCAGGCCCAGUGGCGUCAGGGUCGGCGUCGGCAGCAGGCGGGCUGGCGCAGGCGGCGCAGGCGGCGGCGGGGCGCGGCCGGAGGCAGCCGCGCAACUGGAUGUGGUAUGACGCGGACGACGAGCGCGAGGAGCGGCGCAAGGAGCGGCAGCGCCUCGCCUGGGCCAUGGGGCCGGGCGGCGGCGAGGAGGUGGGCGCCGCGCACUUGAUGGACGUGCCGCAGAGCAUGAAGAAGAUGCAGCGCAUUGUCAAGCUGGUCCGCGGCCUGCCCUACCCGGACGCUGUGGCCCAGUGCAGCCUGGUGCCACACAAGGCCGCGCGCUACAUGCUGCAGGCUCUGGAGGCGGCGCACGCGGACGCCACAGAGGUCAAGGGGCUGGACGCCGAGCGCCUGGUCGUGGGCACUGUGUUUGUGACGCGCGGCGCCUACGAGCCCGGCAUCAGCUACCACUCGAAGGGCCGCCCCGGCUCCAAGACGUUCCACCGCAGCCACAUCCGGGUGGUGCUGAACCAGGCGGCGGAGCGGCCGGCGCCGUUUGCGCGCAUAGUGGCGCCGCUCAUGAGCCGCCGCGGCCUGCUGGGGGGCAGCGGAGGAGCAGGUGGGGCGCCGCGGCCGCGGUUCGCGUACCGGACCGAGGUAUGAGUGACAGAGUGGCGGCCGGUGUUGCGGGUGCUGAACGUGGAGGCGAGUGGUGGCUGGCGCAACUGUUGUCAGGGAGGUAGGUGACACACCCCCGGGGUAGCUGGCGGUUGCUAUGGAGGGCACUGAGGGCCCAGGCCGCACAGGGGCAUGGGGCACGUGCCAUGCGGCUUAGGUGUGUGCGUGUGUUGUGGAGCCAGGGCUGUGUUGUGGGAGCAGCCCCUACACUGAUACGCCGUGUUUCGGGUGUGCUGUGCUGUGAGCCUGUGUCUGGCGCUGUGCCUGGCUGGCGGUGUCUGUAAAGCUUUACAAACUGACCCCAGCUUUGUCCGGGAGGUGAGGCUAUUUCGGCCGUCCUUCGGCCUCAGGCGCUAAUUGUUAUGUGGGCUCAGCCCACGUCUGCACCUGUCGUGUUCGUGGGGCAGGGAAUUCACUUCGUGGGAGCUGGACUUUUCAGGGGUAAUACUUGCAGGUGUCUUGUUUGCCGCCCUGUUCCCUAGAGUGGAAAGUCUACUAUGGCCUGGCGUUCCGUUAUGUCUGGCUCUACGGCAAAACCACGUGCACGUGUCCCCACGUGUCAUGAAUCGUACAGUUUGACCUGGGCUAAGCGGAUAU